GGCCUCUGAUGCCUUGAUUUGGUGGUCUAUAUAGUAGGAAAGAUAAUUCGAUUCGGUUCUUGAUCUUUUUCCUUCGUUUCCUCAACGUCGUCCAUUGAGUUCUCUGUCAUGUUAGGAAUGUAUGCUUCUUAUAAGUUACUACCACGAGAAUAAAGAAGUUUUGAAAUCGGUCCUGCAUGUUAACAAUCAUGUGUUGUUGUCGAAUUAGUUUCGAAGCAAAGUUGAACAUAGGCGAUAUGAUACAAUAUUCAGUACAAACAUCCUUGGUUUAUUUAUCCAGAUUUCAUGACCUUUCAAAGAAUUCGCUGUCCUCUUAGGGAUUUAUUAUCGUUGUCGCUUUAGGUGUAAGUGUUGUGUUUGAUUGAACCAAGGUGACCGUUUAUUAGAUCUUGUGGUGUAAUUAGUCGAACCGACUCUUAGCUUUCAAGGGAAAAGAAAGAUAUAAUAUGAUAGAUCUGCAUGUGUUAUUUGUUGUCAGAUGCUGAUGUACCUAGUUGUGGGAUUAAUAGAAUUCGCAUUCGGUUACUACUGCUAAAAAGAUAGAAGGCAACUGAACACGAAGUGCUACCAUUGGAAUUGAUUUUUUGUCAAAAACGAUGUAUCUUGAAGAUCGGACAGUUCGUUUGCAGCUUUGGGACACUGCCGGACAAGAAAGAUUUAGGAGUCUUAUUCCAAGCUACAUCAGAGAUUCAUCUGUUGCGGUAGUUGUCUAUGAUGUAGCAAAUAGGCAAUCAUUCCUGAAUACUAAUAAGUGGAUUGAAGAGGUACGUACCGAACGGGGAAGUGAUGUCAUCAUCGUCCUUGUCGGUAACAAAACCGAUCUUGUUGAUAAAAGGCAAGUUUCUAUAGAUGAAGGAGAUGCCAAAUCUCGUGAGUUUGGAGUCAUGUUUAUAGAAAGCAGCGCAAAAGCAGGAUUCAACAUCAAGCCUCUCUUCCGUAAGAUUGCUGCUGCCUUGCCAGGGAUGGAAGCCCUUUCUUCCGCCAAACAGGAAGACAUGGUCGACGUAAAUCUGAAGCCCACCGUUAAUUCAUCCCACACACAACAGCAAGGAGGAGGUUGCUCAUGCUAGGGGAAUUAUGUGUUUCAGAUGAUGGAGAGAUAGGACACAAAAACUCAACCACAUGAACGACAUAUCCGGCAAGAUAAAGUUGCAGCAGAUCUGAUACUUUGCGUUCAACAUACCAUAAGGUUGUUUCUUAGGUGCUCCCGGCAACAAAAGGAAGAAAUGACUCUGUACUAACUAACUAAGGUCGAGCAUUUUGGAAUCUUUUAUUACCAUUACCAUUCGAUUGUUUUCUUUAUACUUAUCUUGAAGUUUUUCCCAAAUGUUGUUGGUGUCUUUACACUGUUCAGAAUUUCAUUUAUUACAGAUUGUUCUAUUUUCACCUUCCACAAA